AAACAUCUUCCAUCUCUACUCAACACCCAACAUAACACUAUUCAAUAUGAACAAGACUAAGGAAGCAAUUCGUGAUUUUAUCGGUAAAUCUGGUCACCAUGAUACUACCGUACACGAAUCGGUUGAGCCAGCCGUGAAGAAGGAGACCAUUAAGCCAAGGGAACACGAAGAGGUCAAUACCGCUGUGAAUAAGGAAAUCCACCAAGAUCAUUAUCAUCGUACUGUACAGCCAGUUCAUGAUCAAGAAGUUCUCCCCGAGCAGCACCAGCAUAAAGUCGGGGCGGUCCAACAUCGAGACUAUGAUCACAGGGACCACGACACCACAAAGAAGGCAUUGGCCGCCGAGAAUGAAAAGUUUAGAGACGAACAAGUCAUCCAUGAUACCAAACACACACAAAGUCAUGCCCCUACAGUUCAGGGAGAGCAUGUUCACCAUCAUGUCCACGAGACAGUACAGCCUGUGCUUCACAAAGAAACCAUUCAGCCCAGCGUAGUCCACACCACGGUGCCAAUUCACGAGACUCACCACAACCCUGCUCAGCACCACUCUACAACCUCUUUGCCUCCGGUCAGCGCAGAAGAAUACCGGCAGCGUGGAGGCGCGUUAGCUGGGGAAAAGGAGCGCUUUGAUGCUUUCGAAGGCGAGCCGAAGACCAUUAGAGGAACUCUCGAGACUAUGCACGAGAAGGGUACCGGUCUCAAAAACCCCCCUGAUGGGGUUUUUCAUGGAGAUUUUGACCCCUUGGAUGGAGGCCGAGACCACCAAGUAUCUGGCGGGUCAAAGAAUGGUCGGGCUUCUGCCACAACUUCGGGUGCAGGUGUAAAUCAAGGCAUGACCAGCCAGUCUUCUGUUCAGAGGGAAUAUCGCGACACUGCCAGGGGAACAUCGGGUAAUCUGGAGACAGAGCGCCACUCCAACGCUUCCAGAACCGCGGGAACUACAGGGACUACGGGUGCUACAGGAACUACGGGCACGAAAGAGCACCCGAGCCUUUUGGACAAGUUGAAUCCCAUGACAGAUUCGAACGGGGAUGGAAAGGCUGGAUUUAUGAAAUGAUAGUAACGAAUUGGAGAUUGAUCAGUAACUAAGGGGCACCUAAGUGUGGAGAUUGGUUUAUCUCGAAGUAAAGGACGUUUAAUAUUAACUCAAUAAAUACAAUGAUAAUCGCAGC